AUGCAUACUUUUGAUCACGAAUCGUCCACUGUCGAGCGGUGCACCAACGACCAGUACCAGCGCUGCCUGGGGUCCCUGGAGAGCGUGGCCAAAGGCGAGGACAUCACCCUGGUCACCAGCAAGAGGGAGCUGCACCAUGUCUGCAGGAAGCUGAAGCGCGUGGUGGACUGCGUGGACGAGCACACGGCGCAGUGCUUCGACGCGACGUUGCAGCGCCUCUUCAACCAGGUGGUGGCCGGCGCCAAGGAGACCAUCGCCGAAGUAUGCCUGCCGGGAGACACGCAGGACGACUUCCUUCGGCACGCCCGCUGCAACCGUAACGUGACGCUGGACGAAGAAAAGUGCGCCCCCGCCUACCGCCGCACGCUGGAGCUGGCCAAAACCGUGAGCCAGGCGCAGGACGUCGACCACGGGCUCAAGAGAUCUUGUUGCGCUUUCAGCGAGUUCGUGGAGUGCAAGCACUUCCACGUGGAGCGCGACUGCGGCGACCGGGCGAGCGCCUUCUUCGCUCGCCACAUGCAGCGCAUCUCGGGACCGCUCAUCGAGGACCACUGCGGACACUACGCGCACGGUGGCAGCUGCGACGACAGCGGCGCCUCCUCGGCAGACCACGUGACUACCGCAGGUCGCCGGUGGCCGCUGCUGCUUCUGACCGCAGCGCCCCUUGCGGCCACGGUCGCUUGGUCCGUUAGUUGCAGGGCGCCGCUGAACCGUUGAACCACUGACCGAGGAAGAGGCAGUGUGUUUAAAAGAAAGCUGGAGAAAGGUUGAUCUAUACUCUUAACAACAACAAAAAAGAAAAGGUGUCCACCUAGUGACUGUUUCCUCGCGGGAACUAACUGCGUGUGCAUGUUUCUCAUUUAACUCCGUUUUUUUCUGGAGUUCUCCGUAACCUUUUCUGUGCGGUUCAUUUUUACGCGGCAACUGCGCGGGAACAGGAUGGCGAGGAAAGAGAGCACGCAUCCCGUCAACAACCCGAAGCAGGAUUAACGUAAUCAUUUUAUUCCACCCACCGCUAUUCCCUUUCGCGCUUCGUCCGUUGUCCGAGCGCCGCUACGCCCUCGUUAUCAUCGGGCUAGGCUAGUAGUGAACGGUGGGAUUAUAAGAAGCGUACAGGGGGAGUAAAAGGAAUCCUUGCGUUAUACCGGCCCAGUUGUUAGUCCGCGCCAUGCGUUGUCUUUUUCUUACCACCGUCCUGUUCUUCGUUUGUUCCCUCGUAAGACACACACACAAAAAAUAGCCCAAUUUAUAGGCUUCAUAAACGGUACAUUCGUUCUAUCCAGAGGUAACGUACUCUUUUGGGGUGUACGAGAAUAACUGGAGAAAGCUACGAUUCUGGGUCAGUCAGUGUUGCAUUAUUCAGACGAGUUUAGCAAAACAACAUGGAACACACACACAAACACACACACGCGAAGAGUUAUUUAUUGCUCACGUGCAUUGGCGCUGAAGUUAGGUUUUAACAGUGCAGCACCUCUGGAAGACGGACUCAAAUGCAUGAGAAGUAGUUGCCCUUUCAAAGAGGUGUUUCCAAACUGCUCUUUGUUCUUAAAGUGUAUAUGUACACGCUUGGUAUGCUAAUGUAUGAUUGAAUUAAGCGUCCGUUGCUGCGUAUGGGAGGAAAGCGAAAACGUCCUCAUCGCGUCAUGAGACUCCCUUUGUUCUUCUUCUGGCGCUUGGGAUGCGUCUUUAAGCACGACAUAAGCCACAAUCGCAGUCGAAAUGAAGGACAGAGUCGUAGGAAAGCACAUAACGACACCGGUCAACGUUUGUACUCGCGUUUCUCUCUCAUUGUUCUCUCAUUUGCUCGAGUUCAUAACGCCAGGUACACAUCACCAAAAUUUGCCUUUUGUAUACGGAGUACUCACAUGGCUGCGGUGUUGCUGCAUUGAAGAAUAACGCCCCACCGAGACGCGUAAUCCGCAACAACACUGAAGCCAAUUUUGUUUGUCGGUUCUCAUUCUUUUUCAGCUCAGUUGAUGGACUUUGUUGUGAAGUUUGUCCAUUCGGGCAACAGUCUCUUUGUUAUUUGUUUCUCUUGCUGCUAUAAUAUCGCUAGUCGAAUCCGAACAAAAAGAUUCAUUGAAAAGGGCAAGAGAUGUGCAACAGUUCUUGGGCCGGUUUUAAACGUGGAAAGCUGGCCAAACGGCUACGCGACUGCGUGUAAGACAUUCUGUAAUUACGGAGCAUCGUUACAUUUCAACUAUCCUGUUCAGCUUGACAUAGCUACAGAUGUGUAAUUCAAAAUACAAAAGGUUAAGUGCACACUAUGAUAUAACCGUGCAAGUGGCAUCAUCAUGUAUACGAACAAACCAUAAUCGCCCUAAUAUGCUUCAAUACUCCAUCGUGCUUGACACACGAAAAUAAGUUCAAGAAAAGAGACAGCGUUUCCUAUAUGCAUCCCUGUUUAUAGUCCUGUCAUUGCCCGACCAUCGCGCGUACCUAUGUUUACGUGUAGGGUUUAUUUAACCGCAGUGUUUGUCCAAAGACGGGGCGACAAGCUGGUGAACAUGCCAAUAACAUAACGUGGGAGAGCUGGUACCAGGAGUUCCAGCUUGCUAUGCGCGCUGCCUUCGUCAUUUGCUCAUCAUCCGGUAUUCCGUAUUUGCGUAUCUUCUGCAAGGAUAAAGCGGGCGCUUGCCAUGAAUGCGAGGGAUGAAGACAGGGAGGGGAAACUAGGACGAGGCGACUUGGCAGCUGACACACGCGUUCGCGUUGACGUUGAGGAGCACUUGCCGUUUGCAUUCUUGACCCAUCGCUGGGGGUCAGAAAAAGGCAGGCCUUCAGUAGAGCAAUGGGAAGAGCGUCCAAGUUCUCAAUGAAAUCAAAUGAAAUCAAAUAAGAAAUGUAAAGUUCGAGCGUCCUCCCAUCAGUGUCGGUUACGGUUAGCGGUGUCUGUAAAUACAAUGGUGUCUGCAAAUUCUGUAUAUCUCUCAAGUGUGCUGUGACGCGUACAAUGGAGCAGGGACACCGUGCAAACCCGGUGCGAAUGAGUUGAUGGCAUCAAACGGACCGCAACAAUGCAUCAGCGAACUAUCAGUCACGUUAUCGAUUAAAGGAAUCGCGCUUUUGAUGUUUGCUCUUUAACCUGGAUGAUCCAUCAUAGUUGCACUUGCGCGAGUGAUGUGGUUAUUUCAUUGUCUGACUACUUGCUUUUUUUAUAGUGGCGUCAUUUUUUUUUUUCAAAGAUAUAAACUUAUGAAAUACGGUACAUGGUAACAAUACCCAGAUGUAAACUGCGCUUGUUUCUUUCGUGUCGACUUUGUAGCGUCCCUGCUCCUUUUAACCGGUCACGAAGUAGUGUGGUCAGCAUACGUGGUCCCGCUGGGCUCCAACAAAACGGUGAACAUGCUGCGUUGUUGUAGUACAUUCAUGAUUAGGAAAGUGCGAAGGCACAAAAACGACAGAAGGACACAGGACGAGUGCCUACUGUCCACCUGAAAGGGUUCUAUUAGAGACUCAUGUGAAUAUCUUGGCUACCAUGCGUGCGCAAGCCAUAAAAGAGUAGCUUGUAUAAGCGGCGCGAACGAAGGUCGGAGCAGAUUCCCAAUUUGUCGACCACUGCUCAGAACAGGCCUAAGUAAAUGUAUUUCACCCUAUAGCGCAAGGACACGGAAGCUUUGCUCACGCACACUUUCUUGUUUUUUUGUGUGAAAACGGCUUCGACGAUUUCACGUGCUAGUUGGUCUUCGAGUUUUCCGCAUGCUUCACGUGCUAAGAGUGAGAGAGGGCUGGAGCAGGGGGGAACACCGCAUACGCCGUGCCUCGUCACAUCAUCCAAAUCAGUACACUAUUUAGUCAGUCCUUAAACGGCAAGCCACCUACGAUCAAUCAGUGCUGAUGUAGCUUGCGGUGGUACGGAGUCGGGUAUGGUUUCUGCAGGAAAUUUUCCCUCCCGAUAUCUGAACGCAAGCGCGAUUUAAGAAUGCAGUGCCGCUCAAAACUUCCACAGAGGCGGGACGUCGCCGUCGCCAAAACUCUGGCGCGUCUCGCUGUUGAACUUCUGAAAUAUUCACUUAAUGGGCGCACGACAACACCCAAACGAACAAUCUAAAGAAACCGACAUGAGUUCGAGGCAUCGCAUUGCCUAUUGAUUACGUAUAUUGUUUCUUUAUGCAAAUGACGAAGAUUAGAAAUGCGCACGCCGGCCGGCCCAGGAAUAGUGCGACGUGAUGUCCCCCUUAUUCUAUGUGGAUUGAUUUUCCUCGAUGUCAUUGAAUCUGAACACGCCACGGCAUCGUUAUCCCUAUCAUAAGUCGUAAAAAAAAAGCGCUAGUGCUCGUGUACGGUAUAGCCAGAACAGAAUCGAGCGAAGGCACUCCUGUUGUCCCGCGGCCUCUCGUGGCAACGCAUCGAGACAGUGCGAUGGAGUGUAGGGCGCUGAGGUUCUUGCAUGUGCUUCUUUUGCAUUACUUCGUGGUAGAGCUCGCUGGGUGAGCGACUUUGUCGUCACUCGACUACGGCUCCAAGAAGCAAUGCCAGAAAUUUCUUGUCAGAACUUGAUUGGUAGAAAAAGCUAAGAUGGACAGAUUGGUCGGUGUUUGUACAGCACGCGAUCAAUGCUAAAGGGAGCGCCCAAUUAACAUUCUGCUGUCGAAUACAGCUGUUGUAAGGCUGUGGGGGUCUAAAGCGCCCUCGCUAGCAAAGAACCCAGAAGAAAGCGUAAAGAAAAUACAAGAAAUGGCAUUUUUCUUGCUCAUUCUAUACAAGGACACCGCCUAGCCGAAAUACGUACCAGCUUUAAUCAUUCGACGGAACACGCUGAAGAAUCAAGGAAGUUUGACUUAUCACGCAAAGAUGCCGGGAGAUAAUGUUCGCCCGCUCCCGACAACUAUGUCGUUCGUGCGUGCUGUCCCGCAAACGGAAGCGCGCGUGCUCCUAAAUUUUGGACAUUGCCCCUUCGGCUGUCCGUUCCAUCUGUCAAGCUUCAUCGCAAAGCACGAGCGCCCUUCAUAGGCAAGUUAAUGUCUUUUCUUUCUUCUUUUUUCUUUUUUACUGAUAUUCAAAACAGGGAUGUUGUACCUUCUGUGAGAUAGGCCCUACUUCAGCAACCUUUAUUAAGCAACGUUAAGACGUUGAGACGGUACGUUCUUCUAAUAGCGUGCGUAUUUACUGCACUCAGGCUUACUUCCCUGCUACGUUACAGCAGUGUCUUGGUCAGCAUUAGAACAUUAGUCAGUGCGCGCGCACAGACGUACCGCAGCCCAAGCUCCAGAUUGAAGCAAGAUCCUUUCGCCACCGGAUUAUCCACGCCGUCGCAUUGCCUCUGGUAGCAGAACACUCGCGCCACCUCUCGUCACAGCUACGUAACUACAGCAUCAACUUUCACCAUUGCGCGCGAGUCAUGCAGAAAAGCCGAACGCGCAAAGACGCGAGAGCCGUGCGGGGAACGCGAUUAUCAGGGACGCGACCUCCGUGCAUGGAAGCCUAUUUGUGGCGUAAUACCCGUCACGUUUUCGUGAUUAAGUUGAAGGAGUGGUACAGUCGUAUUGCUUUAAUUACUGGUUAGAUGCUCCUCUCACAUUUAACCGCACUGUACAUUGGCGUCUAGAUAAACACUCAAGAACAUUAGGUGCAUGCCAAUGACACUUCUGACGAGUCAAUAUGUGGCGGUGAUUACCUCUUUUUAUCAUGGGCGAAAGACGAAUGCAGCCUCUUAUAAUGGUGUUGAAGUUAUGCCGUAUUGAGAUAGCACUUGGCAUGAGACAGUUACCUUGCUCAUUUUCACAAAUAUUGCGUUUGAAUUUCGGUUCUGUUGUCGUGUCACUCAUACUUUAACAUAGCGAAAGCUUGUUCAAUGCGUAGGCGUGUUCGCUUUCUUUCCUGUUGUCUAUCUCAUCUAACGUGUGCAGUAACGCGCCGUUUGCAUGUUGUCAAUGUUUCUUGUACAUAAACCUAUGUAUAGUCUUAUUGCGCUAUAGGCGACGUAGUGGCGCAUAUCGUGCAUCAAGGACGGAAUCACGAAAACUGUCCAUUUGGGCGAUCAUGUUGUGGUUGUAUCGAACAGAAA